AUGAUUCCUGUAUCGAAAUUAUUUUCCGUCCAGGAUCAUUCCAAUUCGCUUUCGAGUCAUGCACUUCGCGGAAUCGAAUUUCUUGAGAAAAUUGGUUCAUUUGCGAAAGAACGAGCUGCGAUCGAAGAAGAAUAUGCAUCAAAGCUCAAGUCGCUUGUUCGUCGAUCUAUCAAGAAAAUCGAUGAUGACGAUAUCUGGAAAUCUGUAACAUUCGUUAAAGGGUUUCAUGGCGUUCUUCAUGAAAUGGAACAAAUUGCUUCAUUACACGUUGAUAUAAGUGAAGCAUUGAAAAAUGAUGUUGCCUCGUUUAUUCUCUCAAAAUCAGUUCAACAUCGGAGCACUAGAAAACAGGCAAUGAACGAUUUAUCAACGAUUGACGAAAAUUUACAUAAAGUUGUUGGUGAUUUGUUCAAGGCAAAAAAGAAUUAUAUAAAAAAUUUCAAGGAAGCUGAAAACGCGUAUACAAAAUUCGCAAAAGCCGACAAAAAUCUCGAAAUUUCACGAUUGGAGCUCGAAAAAACGCGUACACAUGCCAAUUUGAAACGAGAAAUGUGCGAAGAAGCAAAGAAGCAAUAUGCAGAUGCUCUGGAAACAGCGAAUAACCAACAAAAGGAAUAUUUCGAAAAAUUUCUGCCAAUGGUGUACGGAAGAUUCAAAUUACUCGAGGAAGAACGCGUCUUCGAUAUGAAAGACAUCCUUCAAAAAUGCCUAAAAAUUGACCAAACUGCUGGGCUCAGUCAAGCUGCCUGUCAUAACACAAUGCAGCAAUGCAUAAAUCAUAUAAAUCCAAAAGCGGAUGCUCAAUUAAUUCUUGAAUGUGUCGAGUCGCAAAUAGAAAUUCCUGAAUGUUUCCAACUCGAGGAUUAUGGCGAUCCGAGUAAUGCUGAAAAUAGACCUAUUGACGAAACAGAUGGAAAUCGCCUGAACAAUCUAAUUCUGCAAUUCCAAAACGUGAAAAAGAAGAUUAGCAGUCCAGAUGGUGGCUCGAAAAAGCGGCAUGCGAAGAGCAAAUUCUGGACGAAAGAAAAAAAAUAUGAAAAUCCGAACAUCGAUGAGGAAGAAUACAGUCAUUACCCACCGAACGUUCGUCUUUCCUGCCUCAACACGAAAAUUCAAAAAUUGGAAAGAGACCUUGAUAAAUUGAUGCAGGGCCGAGAAGGGCUGAACAAAUUGCAAAACGCAUAUCGUGAGAAUUCGAAAUUAGGAAACCCUUCGGAAUGCGACGAGCAGCUAAUUGAACAUGCGAAACAAAUCGAAAUUCUAUCAUGUCGCAUCGAAAAGUUGAAAAAGUUGUAUGAUAAUAUUGAAGCGGCGGUUGUCGAAGCUGGUGAUGGCGAUGAAAGAAGUCUUGGUGGUCGAGAUUUGACAACACCCGACACGACCCGAUCGGUUUCCGGAUACUCUACGAAUGCCUCAUCGAAAACGAACACCAUGGAAGAUAUUAAUCCUGGAUUGUUUGGCUCUCCCAUAAGUGAUCGGAUUGCUCGAAUCAGUUUUGGAGAUUCUGGAGAAUUUAGUACAGGGAACGAGGCGAGCAAUAGUCCGUCGCCUAGACGAGUGAUUCGCCCGCAAUCGGGAUUAUCAAAUUGUUCGACACCCCGAACUCAUAAGGUGACAUCUUCUCCGCUAAGAACGAAAGAAAUUUCAUCGCCGUUCCUUCGAAGUUCAAGUUCGCCUUUACGUUUGUCGGAGAAUGCGUCGAAACGCACUGAAUCGCCGCCGAUGAACGAGAAUCGGAAAGAAAAGGGAACCGCGUCAGUUCUUUUCACGUUUUCGGGCACAACAUACGGCACAAUAUCGAUAGUUGAAGGGGAGAAGUUAGUAAUAAUAGGAGACGAUGAAGGCGAUGGAUGGAUGAAAGUCAAAAAACCAAAUUCUGGCGAAGAGGGAUUUGUUCCGACGACAUACCUUCUUUGCAAGUGGAACUGA